CGUUUUUUUCUUCCUUUGGCGGUAUGAAUAAAGAUGAACGACACAGGCAUUUGCAGCAUAAGUGACCAAUACUCAGGAAUAUGUUGUUGGUAACUAUAGGUCGCACAAGGAAUUCAGUUAGGCUGUGACUGCGGAAUUGUGUUGUCGUUAACGCUAAAGCUAAAUCAAUCUAGUCAGAUGACAUUGGAUCUUUGCUGUAAAGACCAGUAAGCCUGGUCAGUUUCAUUGAUGUCUGCCUGUUAACUUCUAAGCAGAAACAAGGCAAAUUAACGAUAUAGAAGGUUUGUUGACUAGGUAAAUCAACUCAAAAUAUAAUAUAAUCAACAAUAUAAUCCAACCUCACAGGCCAAAACGAACGGACGUAUGCUAGUUCAUAACUUUAGCUGUUUGUGGAUACCUAGCCACUAAUAUAAUUUCGAAGAUUAUUUAAGAUUCAUUUACGGUAAACCCAAUUGCAAUUUAAGAUUUCACACUGAUUAGUGAGAGGGCUCAGACCAUGUGGAAGUCACAUGAAUCCCAACGAUGAGGCGUAAACAACAGGGAGGAAACCUGAGGAGCGCGCUGCCUCACAAAUGCUCCACUAGUGAGGGGGACGAGGCUCACCACUGCUAAAACCAGGGGUGCACCCCCCUUCCCUCCUCCCCUUCCUCCUACCCCCCUCGGAUCGCACCAUGAACUCUACCACACAACCUCCCUCCAUCGCAGACAAAGACGUGGCGGUGGGCUAUGUGCUGGUUCCCUUCUUCCUCGUCACCAUCAUCGGGAUUGUGACUGCAGUGGUGCUCUACAUAAGGAGGAAGCGAAGGCUCGACCGGCUCCGCCACCAGCUGCUUCCAGUUUACACAUAUGACCCCUCAGAGGAAGUCAACGAAGCCGAACAGGAAAUGCUCUGGAGGGAGGAGGAUACUAAGGUAGUGCAGAGCUGGGUGAGAAACUACCAACAAGAGCGCCCUCUGUUGAUGAAAGAAGCUCAAGGAUGAGGGGGCGGCCGGCAUCCGUCGCCAUCAUGCCAACUGCACACUCUAGGCGGCGACAUGCCCCGGCCGCCGCGAUCAGGGAGGGUCCCAGGUAUCUGUUGAAGGGCAGGAAUGUUGUUGCAUUGAGGGCACUUUUGCCUGAUCACCGCCCUGUGUGUUUUUCUUUACCCCACUAAAUCCUCACCACGUCCCCGUCCCCCCCCCAUCUCCCGUCCUCAUUUCAACCGCGUCUCUUCAUGGGAGGCAAAUAACCACUGCUGUUACACGUUCUUGUAUAUGGUUAGAACUUUCUGUUAGUGCCACAUUUACCUUGUUGCUGUGUGUUGAGAGGAUUUUACUUGCAUUGUGUUGGUUUGUUUGUUUGUUUGUUACAUGUUUAUUUAUGGAAUAUUUUUAUCAUGUGUUAAUGUGUGUUGUUGACUACUGAAACCUGGGAGAACCCAUUCAAGCAUAGGCGCGGUUAGGUAGUGUACUCCGACUGAUUCUGAGCGCUUGGACAAAGUCAUUAUGUGAAGACUUAAUCCUUUAUCUACCCCUCCUCAGGCAGCGUGUGUGCGCGAAAGGACUUCUCUGCAAAUAUGACUGAGGUGACUUGUCUGAGCCUUUUGAGUGCAAUUAAACUAUAGACUUUUUAAUUCCGCAUUAAAAUAGUUAGAUGCUAGAAGUUGUAUUUCCCCUAGGACUGCGUUAUGGAGGUUUAGUGAUCUUGGAGGAGUCUUUGAGGGAGGCUGAUGCUGAGUUGGGUCUGGGUGCUGCCUGGGGAGAAAUGGGCCUGUAUCCCAGAAGAGGGUGGGUGGGCUGUCUCUAUCUCUGUCCUUCCGUAUGUCUAUCCACCCUCCGUGUCUGGCUCUGUCCUUCCCUGCCGUGUCUAUCCACCAUAUCCCGUUUGAGUGCCGCGGUGACUAGCUGUGGAAGAAUGUCCUGCUGAGGGGCACGGCACUUAGAGCCUCAUAAGGAUGGCUGCAGCAUCCGCUCUGUGGCAUACCACUGGCCUGAGUGGGCUCAGCCAUCAGGAAAAGUCCUUCUGCGCGGCACGAAGAACACCACCAGGAAAAAAAUAAAUCGCAAUCAAGUGGCUCACCUUGUUCAAAAGCAUGCUUCGGCUUUGCCGCCCCCCCCCCCCCCCCUUCCCCACAAAGAACGAACAUGCUUGGUAUGCUAAUUUGUGAAAGGAGAAGAAUGUUCUUUUGGCUGCCAUGGGGGUCAGAUACUAAAUAGACCUGCACCAAAAAGACUGUUGCUAACAAACAUACAGGUGCAGGCAUCUGCGUAUGAUACCCCAUGGAAAUUGCUGGAAGAAAGUUAAAGCUAAAGCUAUUUAAGGAAACUGCCGUAUGUCUCUCAUACUGGAUUCUUCUGCUGAGUGAACAGGAAGACUCAUCUCAGCUUUGCACUGCAGUCCAUGACAGACAUGCACCCGAGGGCCUGGAUACACAGGAACCAAUAAAAAGGCCUUGGAAUGUGAUUGGUCUUGAUUUCGAUUUAAUGGGAAGAAUCUACAAAUGAAACAGUGUAAGAUACUGUAAUGUAACAGUUUACAGUCUUAUGGGAUUAGAGCUCCGACAAGCAAACUGGUUAAGGAUUUUUGAGCAGAACUGUAUUUGCCAUCUCGCAUGCAAUAUUUGAGCUAAUUCAAGAGCUCUGAAGAAAAGAUUGCUUGGGACUCCCCUUGUAAUUCUUCAUAAUUUGAGACUAGACAUUCUAAAGUCUGUUUCCAACACAUACUCAGUACAGUUUGUCUGAAUUGCUUUGGCACAUUGUGAAACAUAUUUAAUAUUCUGAAAACCAGACUCAAUCAUAUUUUUUUGUUUUCUGCAACUGAGUACCAUUUUGUAGGGAUGCAACUAUUUUACCGGUUAAUCGUUUUUCCUCAAAAACAGACUCGUGUUAUGUAGAAUCAUGCAUUGUGAAGUCUAGGUCUCACACUGGGAUGAUGUGUCCAGUUGUGCUUAUUGGUCUUUCUCAUUUUAGGUAGGUUGCAUGAAGCCAGUAUACCACAUUUUGGAUAAGUGUUUCUGCCCAUGUUGCAUAAAUGUACACAAUAAUGGUGGAAAGGUUUUAAGACAUUUUACAUUACAUUUUCAGCAGUGUUGACAAUAAUUGUGCCAAAGUAAUUUAGAGACUGUGAGAUGAAUGGUCACAAUACAUCUUAAUGGGAAUGUCAUGCCAAUGCAAUUGAACAGAAAACUACAUAAAAUCAAACAUGACUACCCAGGUAUCUGGAUAAUCUUGGUUCAGUGAAUCCAGGCCCUUCUAUAGCAUAUGACAGUUGAAUUUUUAUGAGUGGAAAUGUAUGUAAAACAAAUAAAUAAAAGAAACUGUUUUUAGAAA